AUGUCUUCCCUGAGCAGGGAGCUCGUGUUCUUAAUUCUACAGUUCCUAGAUGAGGAAAAAUUCAAGGAAACAGUCCACAGGUAGGAGAUACUUCCCUUCUCUGUUGUUCUUGCCUUGUUAUAUUGGCUUCAUCUUCAUUUGGGAUUGGGGAAUUUGAUGACGGGUGGCGGAAGCUUUCCCAUGUUUUUCUGUUUGUUUAGUGCAAUGACGCGACGUUCUUGCCUGUCUUUCCUUUCUGUCUUCGUAGGUUGGAACAGGAGUCGGGAUUCUUCUUUAACAUGAAGCAUUUCGAGGACCUAGUACAGGGGGGGGAAUGGGAUGAGGUUGAGAAGUAUCUUGGGGGGUUCACGAAAGUUGAAGACAACCGGUACUCUAUGAAAAUCUUCUUUGAAAUAAGAAAACAGAAAUACCUUGAAGCUCUCGACAGGUAGCCACCGGACCCGUCUUUCGAGUUUUCCUUCUCCCUACUAGUUGUACUUGAUGGUUUAAAAUCACUUUUCUAGGCAUGACCGAGGAAAAGCUGUCGAAAUUCUGGUGAAGGAUCUCAAGGUCUUUGCGUCUUUCAAUGAAGAACUCUUCAAGGAGAUAACCCAGUUGCUUACACUUGAAAAUUUCAGGUAUGUUACCUCCUCUGUUCUCAAGUUUCUACGUACGGCUGAUCUUAGGUUGUUGACGAACUUAAGUUUCCUGUUGAAUGAAGGCAAAAUGAGCAGCUUUCCAAGUAUGGAGAGACGAAAUCGGCCAGGAGUAUCAUGCUUUUGGAGCUCAAGAAGCUUAUUGAAGCUAACCCUUUGUUCCGUGACAAGCUCAUAUUUCCUUCGUUCAAAGUAUCUCGGCUGCGGACUUUGAUUAACCAGAGGUUCCGAUUCUCAACGUCCAUCUUUUUCGACUGCCUUGUACUCUUAAUUUAUUUUUUCUCAAUGACUGUAAUUCUGACCAUUCCCUUUGGUAUUUGUCGUGUAUCCUACAAACCAUAUAUUUCUAAUGUGCCACUCUCUGUUAAAUUUUCUAGUCUCAACUGGCAGCAUCAGCUUUGCAAGAACCCGCGCCCCAAUCCUGACAUUAAAACCCUAUUUAGUGAUCAUACUUGUGCCCCUACUAGUGGAGCUCGUGCACCACCCCCAGUCAACAGUCCCCUUGUUGGACCUCUAUCCAAAGUUGGAGCCUUUCCUCCUACUAGUGCUCAUGGUGUAAGUGUAGAUUCGCGUUUUAUUUCUGUUAUAUCAAAAAUAAACAUUUCGGUAACUAGUUGUAGAGCUGAAUGCGAUGUUAUAAAAGAAGCUUUCGGUGCAGCCAUUCCAGCAUGUUGUUACUCCAUCAAGUACUCUCGCCGGGUGGAUGGCAAGUACUAAUCCAUCAUUGCCACAUGCGGCUGUAGUCUCAGGCCCCUUAGGUCUUGUUCCACCUCCUAAUGCAGGUUGGAAUUCCUUCUGUUCCAUUAGGUAUCACUGCUUUUAGAAUCCUUUUGCUUUGUAACAUUUUAUUCAACUCAAGUCGUGUUUAACAUUAUUGCAGUGCCAUUUUUGAAACAUCCAAGGACCCCACCAGGCCCCCCUGGCAUUGAUUAUCAAGCUGACUCUGAACACCUGAUGAAGAGGAUGCGCACAAGCCCUCAAGAAGAGGUCUUCUGAACUUAAUAAUUUGCUUGCGUAUGUUAGAUCUACGCGUGACAUGAGAGUUUAUGUAGGAUUUACAUGUAUGUUAAAAUUGAUUGCUGUUUUUCUAGGUGUCCUUUGCCGGUCACGUUCAUCAUCCCAAUGUUUAUUCUCAUGAAGAUCUUCCCAGAACUGUGGUUAGGGCCCUUCACCAGGGUUCCAACGCAAUGAGCCUGGAUUUUCAUCCACAGCAACAAACAAUUCUUCUAGGUGAUUUAACUGCUUCUUUUAUUAACAUUGGAAAAUGUCAAAGCAUACACAAUUGAGCAUGCCUGUUCGCUGUAUCUUUUCUGUUGUAGUUGGGACAAGCAUUGGCGAUAUCACAAUAUGGGAAGUGGGGUCCCGGGAAAGGAUAGCCCAUAGAGGAUUUAAGGUUUGGGAUACUUCAGCUUGUACAAUGCCAUUGCAGGUACUGUCAGUUAAAAAAGUGCGGACGAUGAUGCUUGUUGUUCACUGAAUAUUUAAAGUUUGUUCGGUUUUUUGAGAAGUGAUUCUUUUGGUCAUUUAGGCAGCUUUGAUGAAGGAUGCCUCGAUAUCAGUUAAUCGGUGCCUAUGGAGUCCAGAUGGAUCGAUAGUUGGUAUGACUCAUGGGUGACCUGUGAUCGAAUCUAAUUUAUUUGCCUCUUUCAUUAUUUUCACCACAGAAAGAGUAUUAUAGAAUGAUAUUAUUAUCUGACGCUUGAGCUAAUUAAUUUUAGGUGUUGCCUUUUCAAAACAUCUUGUUCAGACCUAUGUUUUUGGCCCAAAUGGUGACUUGAGGCCACAGUUAGAGGUGAGUUCCAAUUUUUUUUCUGGUCUUGUUAAUUGUUGAAAUAGUAAAUAAAUUCAUCUGACUUGGGUUAUUGAAUUAGAUUGAUGCUCAUAAUGGAGGUGUCAAUGAUCUGGCCUUCUCUCAUCCCAACAAGAGCCUUUCCAUAGUUACUUGUGGUGAUGACAAGACAAUUAAGGUAAUGACCUUUGUUUGUUUCGAUGGUCAUAGUAAUCAACAUCUCCUCCAUAGUUCAUAGCUGUAAGUUCGUUUACAUGUCUGGAUAAAAGGUGUGGAAUGCUGCCACGGGACAGAGGGAACAUAUCUUUGAAGGCCAUGACGCUCCUGUAUACUCUAUCUGUCCUCACGUCAAGGAGUCUAUCCAGGUACAAGCUUGGGUGAAUAAGCUAAUAUCCCUGAAGGUUGUCCAGAGAUUCUUGCGUUUUCCUUGUUUCAUGAUCCCUCUAACUAUGAUCUGUUUUCAGUUUAUAUUCUCCACGGCAUUCGAUGGGAAAAUUAAGGCAUGGCUGUAUGACUGUGUUGGAUCCAGAGUUGACUAUGAUGCACCUGGUCUUUCUUGUACUGUAAUGGCUUAUAGUGCUGAUGGAACCAGGUAAAUCAUUUGAUUUGAGCUGUUCUUUUCAUGUCACCAUGUUUCUCAGCUUCUUAUCUCCUGCCAAAUUGCAUUUUUCUCAGAUAUUCACCAUCAUAAUGUAGAUUAUUGUAUUUCACACUUCCGUUUCCAUUUGUGUAUAGGCUUUUUUCUUGUGGUACAAGCAAAGAUGGUGAGUCGCAUCUGGUUGAGUGGAAUGAAACUGAAGGAUCCAUCAAAAGAACAUACUCCGGUUUCAGAAAACGAUCUUCAGGUGUGGUGCAAUUCGACACAACAAGGAAUCGCUUUUUAGCUGCUGGGGACGAAUUUCUGAUAAAGUUUUGGGAUAUGGAUAAUAAGGAUAUUUUGACUACCUCAGAUGCUGAUGGAGGGUUACCGGUUAGGAUAACUACUUGUGACUUAAAAUUUUCGUGUUGCGUUUUUAAAUGUGUCUUGAUUAUUCGCCUUUUGUUUCAGGCUAGUCCUCGGUUGAAGUUCAACAAAGAAGGAUCAUUACUUGCAGUCACCACUAGUGAUAAUGGAAUCAAGAUAUUAGCAAACUCUGAUGGACAGCGGCUGAUAAGAUUGUUAGAAAGCAGAGCAUAUGAGAAUUCUAGGAGUUCUCAACAGAUCAAUAGCAAGGUGCUAUUUCGAGCAUAAGUUUUCUAGAGUGUUCAUUAUGUGAAAUCAUACCUUUUUAUGUGCAUUAUGUGAAAUCAUUGCUAUAUUCCUCAAUACGGAAAUAUUAUCUCAAACAUCGUCUCUCAGAUCUUAAAUUAUCCUUUUAUCUUCUUAAUUUCUUCUUUGUGAUUAAUAUUAAAUUGUAAGAAAGUUUUUAGACAAAUAAUAUAACCCCUUGAUGAUCUACUGUAUGGUGUGAUCCGUUUUACCUUAUACUUCGCCAUUUCUUCUGCGUGGCAUUUUUAACCAGUAGAAAGUAUAUCUUUAUUUUGAAAACAAUGGUAGACUUAAUUGCAUCCUGAAUCUUUCAGAUUCCAGCAGUCAGCGUGCUAGGUGGUGUCAGUAAUGUUUCUGGCCCAAUGGCUACUACAAUUGAACGGGCGGAUAAAAACGCUUCUUCAGUACCAAUUACUGGACUGGUAAUAAUCUUUUAGAUAUGUCGUGUCAAUGGAGCUGACAUUAAUUGUAGAUCAGAUCUUAUGGUCAAAUGUUUUGCAGACUGCUAUGGAGAACAGUCGGACAGCAGAUGUCAAAUCAAGGAUAUCAGAUGACGCAGAAAAGAUUAAAGGCUGGAAGUUGGCUGAAAUUGUUGACCAUAAGCAGCUCAAAGCUAUGAGUUUACCGGAUUCAAGCACGUCAGGAAAGGUGCGUAAGAGUAAUGCCAUAAUAAAUUUUUCAACCGGAACGAAAAAAUCUGUUUAAACUUUUGAAGAACUAAUGAGUUGAUCUAUGCAUGACCUAGGGUUCGAUCUUGAAGUUUUUGGUUUUUGUCUUGAUAUGUUUCAUAGCUUGGUUAGACAGCUGACAAUUAAUUUUUGCGAGGAUAAAAAAUUUGCUCCAUUGGUUACAGAUUAUGCGGCUGCUAUUUACCAACUCUGGAUCAGCUGUCUUAGCCCUUACUUCGAAUGCCAUGCAUAAACUUUGGAAAUGGCAGUGUGCUGAGAGAAAUUCAUCUGCGAAGGUUAGUAAAUUUUAUUAUUAAACAGCGGCACAUCUUAGUCCAUGGGUUGUCAAAGUGGAUAAAAAUGAUUUGAAUAUAUCCUCAAUUCUGGGAAAGCCUAAUCCCAGUUCGGAUGUUCAGACGAAAAUGGAGAGAAGUAACCAUGAUCUCCCAAUUCUGACAUUAAUUGCUUUGGCUUCUGCUCGAAAUUGUCUGAAAAUAUUUCUAUCAAGAUUUUAAUAAAGCCUUUUUGUCCCCCGGAGAGCAGCUAAUCUGCCUAAUCAGCCUAUUCAAUUUGAGAUCAAACCUGUGGCCCAUCAGGGACUGAGUCCUGAUUCUACAAACCAUGUGUCUAUCCGGGUUGGGUGUUCGAAAAUCCACAUGGCAUCGAAGCACAGUCUAUGGGGUCUUGCCAGUGGGAAGUUGUGUGUGACGGGGGUCUCUACCAAGAGUUUAUUAUUCGGGUUACAUAAGAAAGGGGAGGGGGAAUGGUUUACUGAAAUAUUUCGAUCUUAUUUAUUUUGUUGGCUCUCUAAUGAUAUGCAUGGUUACGCUUUUUUCAGUCCUCUCCAUCUGUUAUACCUCAGCUCUGGCAACCAGCUAAUGGAAUCCUUAUGUCAAAUGAUACCACGGACGGCAAUACUGAUGAGUCAAUCUCAUGCAUUGCACUGUCCAAGAAUGAUUCAUAUGUUAUGUCUGCAUCCGGAGGGAAGGUCUCAUUGUUCAACAUGAUGACAUUCAAGGUUCGUUUCUUGCUGCACUUUUUCUUCGUUUUGGGAGCUAUGUCUUUCUCAUUUCCCGUGGAUAUGACUCAGUGGCAACCUAACCAACCGACAAAGCAUGGAUUCUGUUGAUUUAAUAGGUGAUAUGAUGUUUCACAGGUGAUGACGACUUUCAUGCCGCCGCCCCCUGCAGCUACCUUCUUGGUGUUCCACCCUCAGGAUAAUAAUAUCAUUGCCAUUGGGAUGGAUGACUCUACUAUUCAAAUUUAUAACGUUCGAGUUGAUGAGGUAAUUUCUUUAGCAUUGUACUUAAUUUGGUAUGAAUUUUUCUGCUCACAUUCCUUGCAUUCUUACGCGCCUGAAAAAUUAGCUGCAGAGGAAAGAUGUGUAUAGAUCCAUAAAAUUCCAACAUGCUGUUAUUCUCCCGCAUGUGAUUUGACGUAUGGGUUAACUAGUGAUCUUUUGCUUUCUUCAAUAACUAUGGAUUAUAGGUUAAAAGCAUACUAAAGGGGCACCAAAAGAGGAUCACAGGCCUUGCAUUCUCACAGUCCAUGAAUGCCCUUGUAUCGUCUGGUGCCGAUGCACAGGUGCGUAUCCACAAGGAUGAUCCCCUUUGUCUCUCUGCUCAGGAUCCGCAAGAUUUUUAAUAUUGUUUUUAUCUUCAUCUCUCGUUUUGACCUAAAUCUCUUGUGUAUUCUGAAGAUUUGUGUCUGGAGCAUUGAUGGAUGGGAAAAGAAGAAAUCAAGAUUUAUUCAACCUCCAGCUGGUCGAGCGGCCCCACUUACCGGCGAAACCAGAGUCCAGUUCCAUAAUGAUCAGACGCACCUUUUAGUUUCACAUGAGAGUCAGAUCGCCAUCUACGAUUCCAAUCUUGACUGCCUGCAAUCGGUCAGUUCCUCAUCCUUCAUGGUGCUUCAGGUCUUCUUAACAUACGGUAAAAAAAUAAAAAUGGGGGUAAAUGGCAGAACUAUGUCACCAUCUUAUUAUUAUCUUUACCCCCCGCCAUUUUCUAGUGUUUUUCUGCAUGCAUUGAACUUGUUCUGUGAUGGGAAACUGAUUCGUUGAUGGUGCGUCGUUUCCUCGACUCGUGGGUUAAUUAGUUGCUCCAGACCUGACGGUAGAUCAUCGGUAGAUCAGCUGGUGAUUUCUUUCAUGCGCAUCUAGAAGAAAUCCGGGCGACCCGUCUGACCUCUUGCAUUCUAUUAUGUUCAGUGGACUCCUAGGGACAUGCUGCAGGCACCAAUCUCCUCGGCAAUUUACUCCUGCGACGGUGCCCUAAUCUACGCCGGAUUCACUGACGGUGCCGUCGGAGUAUUCAACUCGGAGAGCCUGAGGCUGUGCUGCCGCAUCGCGCCGUCCUCGUACACCAGGCAUGGCUGCUCGCCUCAGUUGGCCACCACCCCAUAAGAAGGCUCUUCCCCUUUUUCUCUUCUCUGGAACCCAUUUUGUUACUAAAAAUAGCCCAUUCUUUCUUCUGCCGCAGCGGAUCUGUGUACCCCACAGUGAUUGCGGCGCACCCGACGGAGCCCAACCAGAUUGCGCUUGGGAUGAGCGACGGAGCGGUCCAUGUGAUGGAGCCGGAGGCCGACAUGAGGUGGGGGGGUCCCCCUUUGCAGGAGAAUGGCGGCCUCCCUUCCUUCUCCUCUAAUACCCCCUUGAAUGGCCAGGCCUCAGACGCUCUCUCCAGGUGA